AUGCCAACUGAUGCGUCGGAAAUCAAAGACUUUUGGCCUACAAUGUUAAUGGACUAUCUGACAGAAGCAUAUAAUGCUGUAGAGCUUGGACCCGUGAACUCCUUAUCCGGAUCCGUACGGUUAACCGUAUAUCCAGGUGUUAUAAUUGUCUCACGGGUG